AAAACCCAACCACGAUUUAGGGUUUAACUAUCUGCUGAGUGCUGAAACAAACCCAAGGGCUUUUGUCCAGAUUGUUGAUCAUCAUCAUCAGAAGAAGCUUGUAUCCCUCUAUAUAUAAGCUUGUAUUUCUCUCUCUAUAUAUAUUUAUAUAUAAAUCAGAAGACAGAAGAAAAGGGAUGUUGUAUAUAAUAGGUCUGGGUUUGGGGAACGAGAAAGACAUCACCCUCAGAGGUCUCGAAGCGGUGAAGAGAUGUCACAAGGUGUACAUAGAGGCCUACACUUCUCUCCUCUCUUUCGGCCUCUCUUCUCAUGGUCUCUCAACUCUGGAGGAACUGUAUGGGAAGUCAGUCACGCUUGCAGACAGAGAGAUGGUUGAAGAAAAAGCAGACGAUAUACUGUCCGAAGCUCGUGGGUCUGAUGUUGGUUUCCUUGUAGUUGGUGACCCUUUUGGAGCAACAACACACACUGAUCUUGUUGUUCGAGCGAAGAAGUUGGGGGUGGAAGUCGAGGUGGUACACAAUGCAUCAGUGAUGAAUGCAGUCGGAAUUUGUGGUCUACAACUAUAUCGUUAUGGAGAGACUGUUUCCAUACCUUUUUUUACUGAAACAUGGAGGCCUGAUAGUUUUUAUGAGAAAAUUCAAAGAAAUCGCAAGCUUGGAUUGCACACUCUUUGCUUGUUAGAUAUACGUGUGAAGGAACCCACAUUGGAAUCCUUGUGCAGAGGAAAAAAACAGUAUGAACCACCAAGAUAUAUGACAAUAAGCAAUGCAGUUGAGCAACUAUUGGAGGUGGAGCAAAAGCAUGGAGAAUUUGCAUACAAUGAAGAAACUACUUGCGUUGGUUUUGCCAGAUUGGGGAGCGAGGAUCAAAUGGUAGUUGCAGGUUCAAUGAGGCAAUUGCUUACAGUCGACUUUGGAGGACCUUUACAUUGCAUUGUCAUAGUUGGCGAAACUCAUCCAUUGGAGGAAGAAAUGCUGGUUUUUUAUACAAUUGAAGGAGGAAAUCCAACACAAACUCCAUAAUUCUCAAAAGAAUUUAUUUAUUGUUGUAUUCAUAAUCUGUUUCUUGUAAUAUUUUUUACCUCCAUUUUGUAACUCCUAAUUUUGUUAUCUUCGGAGGCACUGCUUGUCUUUUAGACCAUUCAGAAAAAAAAUAUUUUCAGUCAUCAUAUCUUAUUGAUGAUUUAUAUUGUUUUAUCAGAUGUGCACUUGUCAAA